UUGGGGCGUAGUAAUAUUACGCGAAACGUAAAGUCAAUCAUGCCAAACAGUUCUGAUGUAGCCUAACGUCGGUUCAAUUUAACAAUUUAAACGAAAGAAAACAGACGUAGGCCUACGUUUCGUACGAUGAAGAACUUUAUCUUGUUCUUCCUUUUGCUGUCAUGUGGAACUGGUAUCGCAACUGCACUGGAGUGCUAUGCCUGCCGUGAUUGCCAGCCUGAUUUCAUGGAUGACAGGUCUGGUAGGGUGACAGAGACAUGCCCACGGGAUCCGCGCGACCGCCAUGACACCCUGGUCAGGUGUAGCAAGCAUGUGGAGAAAGAUGGCAAGAUCAACCGGGGUUGUUCCACGGUCACAGAGUGCACAAGCAGGGAACUGAUCAGCAAGUGCUCGGACGAUACCACAGGAAACAGUAACAUCAUCGAAACCUCCUGCGAGAUCUGUUGCGACACCAACAAAUGCAACUCGGCUGCCAUGGUAAUGGCAAACCUCACCCUAAGUGUCUUCAUUAGCUUAUUACUGGCCCUGUACCAUGUAUAGUGUGCCCUUCUCUCUUUCAAAAAUGGCCCCAUACUGUGUAUAAUUUGAAUUUUGCUAAGAGAUUUAGUGGAAGAAUUUAUGAUUAGCUUUAGGUGUCUGAGCAGAACUCCAGAUGUGAAUUCAGUUGAUUUCAAUUCCUUUGAGUAUUCAUUUGUAUAGCUUAUUUUGGCUUUAUACACUGAGCAAAAGAGACCCAAAUUGAUGAAGGUGUCAAAUUUUACCGCCAAAAUAUUUGAACAGUGUGGAACAGAGUGUGAUGCAGUAGUCACAGUUUGUGAUUCGCUCUUAGGGGGUCAGUGGUUCAAAUCCAACUUCUGUCCGUAGUUUGUGUCAUGGGCAAGUCACAAACUCUACUUGCCUUGAUCCAACCAGGAGUAUAAAUGGGUACCAGCUUUAGCUGGUGACCAAUCUGCAGUGUGUUGGCAUCCCUUUUUGGGGGGGGUAGAAUUGUAUUCAUUUUGCUCAUGUCAUUGAAAAGAAGUGACUCAGUAUUCGCCCUGAGCGGGACCAAGAGAGGGUGCAAUUUUCCUAACAACAGAGGGUCCUUUGGUGGGAACUGCACUUCACUGGUUCACACACAACAAUGAAAAUGCAAGCAUUACGGUCGCAUCAGUGCCAGCACGAUGAGCACUCUCCACCAACACGGUCUUUUUAACUGAUGAAGGAUUGCUCUGCUCAAGGCAGAUAGACCUUGUUUUUUUAUUUUUUUUAAAAAUUCCUAUGUAGGAUACUGCCUUUUACCGAUGUUAUGAUGAAAGCCCUGUAGAUUCAGUCCUUUCAAAGAGCCCUCAAUUAAUUUGAUUAAUCGACCCAGGAUUCCCUGCUAAUGUCCUAAUAUAUUCACCGUUUGGUCAUCAAGCUUUGCUGGGCCAACUUGAUGGUUGUACCCUGACAUAUCAAAUGAUACUUCUUUCCAUCUAAGCCAAAGUUUAAAUAUUAAAAUAUAUUAACGUUACUUCCGUGUAACAUUAAUGUUAACAGGGUUUGUACCAUUGAGUAAGGAUAUACAGCAUUGUUUUGGAAGAAAAAGCAACUUUCCAUUUGCUUACGUUUAAAGUACUCUUGCAAGAAUUCGUCUGUUUGCACUAAUAUUAAAAUAGUCAUUCCUCUGCUGUCAUGUUUUGUAUGUAUAAAUUUUCCUACCUUUUUGUAAAACUUUUUAUGUCUUUCUAUUUUAAGAAUCGUACAUUAUUUAUAGAACAGUCACUGUUUAUAUGUUCUCAUCUUGUAUGAGGAUUUGAAAGUAGAUGUACAUAGUUAAGGUGUAAAAUGUCAUUAGACACAGGCUGAAUUAUUUCCAUUGCAAAAAGAGGCUUCUUAUUUUGGGUGAUGCACAAAUUUUGAAGAAAACUUGACUUGCAAGGGGGGUGUAGUUCAUGUCCCAACCUUUCCAGAGCGUGUAAAAAAACCCCAAAUUUAGCCUUGCUUCUCGGAAAGGUUACAUAAAGAAAUUCCGACAGCUUUGACCUCACCAAGCCCCCCCCCAAAAAAAAAAACUUGGUGCCGAAAUUUGGUUCAGACUCCGCCCUUGCCUGUGAACGGACAGCAAUGCUGUGGUAAAACAUGUUUUGUGUCGGCAGGGUAUUGGUUGGUUGCGUUUGUGACCAAUCUCCGCUCAGAGAGUUUUUAACAGGGAAACGUGAAACUUCGCCAGUACCCAGAGUUAGUCUAUUUGCGCAGCCAGUUUUAUCAUGCAUAUCUUACGAUUAAUUGGUAUAGUCCCACAGAGCUCUGUAUUUUCCACGUUCUUGAGUGAUAUCGUCAUGCACGCGCACGCGCCACUUCCAUUGGAUUAGCUCUCAUGUUGUGCGUUAGCCUCCGGUUCCAUGUUGCUCUGUAUACAGUGGGUGUGGUUUUAACUGAAAUGACGUCACACUUACAAAUCGGUAUUACCUUAGUUUCAGCACACUUGAUAUGUGUAAUUACAUGUAUCUCCUCGCAGUAUUCAGCUUUUAAAUGUACAGUACUCUGAAAUGAAUCUGACUAUAUAGAGGCUGUCUUUAUACAGGGUUUUUUAUAAUCACUGCACAAAAGGAUUGUUUUCACCUUCAGUUCUGGUACAGCUGGUCACAGACAGUGGUCUUAAGAACUUUGUGGAAAAAUCACUGCCUACGGCGUGUUUUCGGUCUUUUGCCAUGCCAUGAAGCAGUCGAGUUAGCUUUUUUAAAAAGUGGGUAGGAUAUGUCUGAGAGGAAAAAACUGUCGAGGUUUAUUAGUAUUCUUUUAAUAAAACUAGAAAAAUUGUAAUUACUGUUUCUGAGAAGGGUGCAUGUUUGUUAACAAAGGUAAUACACAGCACUUAUAGACCAAUCCAGUGACAAGAACGAAGAGCCAUUACUGAGGUGUCCCCAUGCGCGUGAAUAUGCACGUUGAAUGACUCCUCAUCAGCCAAUGGGAACGCAGAAAAAUCAUGCUUAGGAAUGCGCGGCAGAGUGACUGGAACACCUCAGUACAAUGGUGUCAGUGAAUUGGUCUAGACUUUAGAAUGACCCAUACAAAGCCAGCAAGAUUCCUAAGGCUUGGGAAAUGUCAGGAUAUCCAGAAAUCUCAUAUUGACUCCAAUUUCAGUUUUGCACAGAUUCCUUACUUGGUCAAAUUAUGACAAUCUGUAUUUGUAAAGCUUACGACCUCAGAGGUGGGCUGUGUGUUACAAUAUUUUGAUUGUUCGUAGGACUCCAUGGCGUCUACAGCAAAGAUUAUUGAGAUGGCUGCUGUCAUGAAGCAAGCCAUUGAAUUAGAAGAGAAAUUAUCGUUUAACAUUGAGCAGCAGCUGACAAGAUUACAGGUAAGACGCAUGGGUAAUGGGGCUGUGCAGCACCACAGAGGGCGGUGUUGUAGAGUACAUUGUAAUCCAAAAAGUGACAUACACUGUACACAAAAUAGAACCUGAAUGUACUUUGUAUGACAUUGUUUGACUGUAAGCAGAAAAAUUAUGCUUACCAUAGCAGAAAAUCAUACUGCUGCUAAGCAUUAUUCACAAUGGCACACGUGAUAAAAGUUGCAUGUGUAUGGAAAAUUCUAUUGUUAUUUCACUGAAUGAGCAACUUUUCUCUUAGAUGUGAAGGAAGUAAAGAGAAGCUGUGUAAGCACAUUGUCGGCUGUUAAGCAUCGCUAUAAAAACUGGUCUCUGUAGCUGGGUUUUCCAGUGUGAAAUAGGCCCAUUUGAGGUAUGUAUACCUGGCUGCCUGACCACCGAUGUCAGUAUCCGGUUCCAUUUAUAAUUUCAGUUGAACACCCCAAAACACUCUUGAAGCUGAUUUUAUUUCACUUCACAAAGAUGAACGAGGAACCUCCUCUAGACGGUCCUGGUUUUGAGCUAAAAACUUCAAAUACACACUCAAGACGUUGCAAAAAAUA